CCUCCUGGAUAACAAUGGCAUGUUAAAGCUAGGCAACUUCUGUCACUCCAAAACAGAGAGAGACACUUUUGAAGAUUUCAUUUUAUUGUACGAAGAAGCAGGAAGCAGAAAAUAUGACAAUGUAAAAAAAAGGUUUCAAGGUCAGUAAUCAUGAGUCUAACAAUCAUCAAUAUGUCUGUUGAUGCCCUACUGUAUAUGUGAAUGAUAGAUUACUGACUAAUAAGAUACCACAUUCCGAGAUCUACUUAUGAUAAUCAUCGGUAUGGCUACAACUGGCAAUAUCUUGUUUUUCUUCCAAGUUUGAUGAAAGUGCAUAUCUGUUAUAACAUACUAUCAGGCUCACCAAUUUACACGGCACCAGAGGUUCUACAGGGUUCAGAAACUACUGUGAGCUCAGAUCUCUGGGCUCUUGGUUGUAUUCUCCAGUGCAUGUACACGGGGAAGCCUCCUUUCAUGUCAAAGACUUACAAAAAACUACUAGAAAAUAUUUUGCAUCAGGAACCAUCAUUACCUAUACCCAGAGAGUCUUCAACUCCUCCUCCCAGUCAGGAUUUCCAAAAUCUUCUGAAAGGCUUACUCAACAAAAAACCUAAUAAGAGAAUAAACUCGUCAGAGUUGCAGAAGCACCAUUUCUGGACACUGAAAGAUGGGAAUUAGAGGAUGAAGAUGAUAAAGAGGCCCCACAUCUUUUUUUAUUUUGCAGAAGUCCAUACUGACUAAUUUAUGUUAAAGUAAUGCUGAUGGCAUAGUUUUAUUUCAAACACGCGUACAAUCUUAAUUCUCCAGUCUAGAAACUCUCCAGAAAGAAGUCUUGAAAGUCAGUGAUGUGACCAUUUAAUUCAUAUUUUCUGUGACAAAUAAAUGUUUGCUGCAGCCCAUGUACAGUGCAUGUGUGCUAUGGAAAUACAAUGUGUUUAAUUUUUAAAACCUCUUAAGGCCCAAGUUGUUUACAUGUUUUUUUUUAAUUUCUCUUUGCUAUUUGGGCUUAUUGGACCUUAAUUAGAAUACAAACUAAGAAUAAUCUUUUUAUAUGAUGUACUUAUUAGUCCAUAAGUAACAAACGUGUACUUCAUGUUUAAUGACAUGCUAAAUCUUAUUUUUACACUUUUUUUUCCCAAAUUCCAUUGUAUGUUAUACUCUUCUGACACCACCAGAUAGCAGUAUAAGUGUCCACAUAAGGGCCAUAAGACCCCAAUUCAGUAGUGUAGACAAUUUUGGAAAUAAGAGCUAAAAGGUGCUGUCCACGCAUGUGACCAACUAAGCCUUUAGAGUAGGGAGAUCACAAACAAUAGUCAGUUGCUGUACUGUAGUUAUUUUCCUAGCAGCUAUAUAUUCUGGAUUUAUCCAUUACAUGUAUCAUAUACCUGCAGUUUCCCUGCUCAACUCAGCUUGUUUUGAGCUCUAUAGUUGAUGUAAUGCAUGCUGUGUUACCAUGACAACUGUCAACAAGUAGGAAUGUACUGUAAAGGCCCGUGAAGCUUAUUAAAUGCCUACUACACCCACAAUGCAAAGCACGACAAAAAAUACAGUAUUUUCACUUCAAGAGAAAAUAAAAUUACUUUUGCUCUCUAACACCUCCACAGUAUGUUGUUUGUAACUAUCAAGAUCACAUAUUUUUGAAUCCAUCUCUUUUGCUUCUUUUUACACAUCUUUGUUUGAGACAAAAUAAAAUCUGCUUGAAACAUGCAACAAAAGUUGAGCUAAGGAAAAUAAAGACAAGAUAUAUUACAUACCCAAUUCUUCCCAAAAUUUAAAAAAAUACAAUUUAAAAUGAAAGAUACCUUCAAAUUAUUUUUUAAACUUAAAUUUAACAUGGAAGUUGACGGCUGUUAUAUAUGUGGAGCUGUAGAGGAUGUCAAUCAUCUGUUUGUGGAAUGUGAUACAGUACAUGUGUUUUGGGAGGAGAUCAGAGAUUGGCUGAGAGACAAGGGUGUGGAGAUAAAUGAUAAUGAUAAAUGGGUUGUACUUGUAUAGCGCUUUUCUACCUUCAAGGUACUCAAAGCGCUUUGACACUACUUCCACAUUUACCCAUUCACACACACAUUCACACACUGAUGGAGGGAGCUGCCAUGCAAGGCGCUAACCAGCACCCAUCAGGAGCAAGGGUGAAGUGUUUUGCUCAGGACACAACGGACAUGACGAGGUUGGUACUAGGUGGGGAUUGAACCAGGGACCCUUGGGUUGCGCACGGCCACUCUUCCACUGCGCCAUGCCGUGAUGUCCCCAAUCUCUAUAGAAUAGAUCAAAUUUGGUAUUUUUUAUAAACAACUGUAACAUACAAAUGUUUGUCAACAUUAUUAUGCUCCAGGCAAAAAUAUUUCUACAUUAAUGUAGAUUUAGGAAAGUAAGGCCUACAUUUUCUAAUUGGCUUAAUGGUUUACAAUUAUCAAUCAAAUCUUUGAGGAUGAUUAAAGAGUGCAAAAGCCAAAAAUUUAUCUCUUUGUUAAAUUUUUUUAUAAGUAAUUUAGGUAGCCCUUUUUGUCUUUUUUAAAUUAUUUUUUUCAUAUUUUUGAUUGUUAUUAUUUAUUAUUAUUUAAUACUUUAUCUGUAUUUGCUUUUGUUUCAUUUCUUUGACAUGUUUCGCUGAUGCUGAAAGUGCCUUGACUUUUGU